GUAAACAAACCUGGUUCUCUUUUGCAGAAGGGAGGCGCGGAAAGUGAGGCUGGAAGAGGAAGAUGCCGAGUACAGACUUUCUGAUGUUGAAGGCCUUUGAGCCCUACUUUGAGAUUUUGGAAGUGUAUUCCACAAAGGCCAAGAAUUACAUAAAUGGUCAUUGCACCAAGUAUGAGCCCUGGCAGCUAAUUGCAAUGAGUGUCGUGUGGACCCUGCUGAUAGUCUGGGUAUAUGAGUUUGUCUUCCAACCAGAGAGUUUGUGGUCAAGGUUUAAAAAGAAAUGCUUUAAACUCAUCAGGAAGAUGCCUAUUAUUGGUCGCAAGAUCCAAGAUGAGUUGAACAAGGCCAAGGAUGAUAUUAGCAAGAACAUGUCAUUUCUGAAAGUGGACAAAGACUAUGUGAAAGUUCUGCCAUCUCAAGGUCUGAGCUCGUCUGCAGUUCUGGAGAAGCUCAAGGAGUACAGCUCUAUGGAUGUCUUGUGGCAAGAAGGGAGAGCCUCUGGAGCGGUGUACAGUGGGGAGGAGAAGCUCACCGAGCUCCUUGUGAAGGCUUAUGGAGAUUUUGCAUGGAGUAAUCCCCUGCAUCCAGAUAUCUUCCCAGGACUACGCAAGAUAGAGGCAGAGAUUGUGAGGAUAGCGUGUUCCCUUUUCAAUGGGGGACCAGAUUCCUGUGGAUGUGUGACUUCUGGCGGGACAGAAAGCAUACUGAUGGCCUGCAAAGCUUAUCGGGACCUGGCCUUAGACAACGGGAUCAAAACUCCAGAAAUCGUGGCCCCCCAGAGUGCCCAUGCUGCAUUUGACAAAGCAGCCCAUUAUUUUGGGAUGAGGAUUAUACGCGUCCCACUGAACAAAAUGAUGGAGGUGGAUGUUCGGGCAAUGAGAAGAGCCAUCUCCAGGAACACUGCCAUGCUUGCCUGUUCUACCCCUCAGUUUCCUCACGGUGUGAUAGAUCCUGUCCCUGAAGUGGCCAAGCUGGCUGUCAAAUACAAAAUACCUCUUCAUGUAGACGCUUGUCUGGGGGGCUUCCUCAUCGUCUUUAUGGAGAAAGCAGGAUACCCACUGGAACAGCCAUUUGAUUUCCGAGUGAAAGGUGUGACCAGCAUUUCAGCGGAUACCCAUAAGUAUGGCUACGCCCCCAAAGGCUCUUCAGUGGUGUUAUACAGUGACAAGAAGUACAGGAGCUAUCAGUUCUUCGUUGAUCCAGAUUGGCAGGGUGGCAUCUAUGCUUCCCCAACCAUCGCAGGCUCGCGGCCUGGUGGCAUUAGUGCAGCCUGCUGGGCCGCCUUGAUGCACUUCGGUGAGAGCGGCUAUGUUGAAGCUACCAAACAGAUCAUCAAAACUGCUCGCUUCCUCAAGUCAGAACUGGAAAAUAUCAAAGGCAUCUUUGUUUUUGGGGAUCCUCAGUUGUCAGUCAUUGCUCUGGGCUCCCAUGAUUUUGACAUCUACCGACUAUUUAACCUGAUGACUGCUAAGGGGUGGAACUUGAACCAGCUGCAGUUCCCAUCCAGUAUUCAUUUCUGCGUCACGUUAGUGCAUACCCGCAAGCGAGUAGCCAUACAGUUCCUGAAGGACGUCCGAGAAUCUGUCACUCAGAUCAUGAAGAAUCCUAAAGCAAAGGCCACAGGAAUGGGCGCGAUCUAUGGCAUGGCCCAGACCACCAUCGACAGGAACCAGGUAGCAGAACUGUCCUCGAUCUUCCUGGACAGCCUUUUCAGCACAGACACUGUACCUCAGGGCAGCCAGAUGAAUGGUUCUCCAAAACCCCGCUGAGCCCGGAGGGGCUUCUGGCCCUCAGAAGGCUCUGGGGUGUGGAACAGGCCACACGCAGUUUCCACAUCUGGUCUCGCUCCAUAGCGCACAAGACAGACGGGACAGCUCGACCCUCAGGAUUCAUGUUCCUCCUCUUGUCACCCUUUUGUGGGUUUAAUGUGAAGACCCCUAAGGAUUCCAUUACAUAAUUUUGCCCUUGUUCUAAAUAUUAACUAGGAAUUGUUUUAACCAUUUCCUCCCUAACCUCUCAGCUUUUACCUUCACUUAAUCAUUGUGUGGCAGCUCUGACCUGUCCUGAUUCCUUGGAGAAGCUGGGGUACAGUUUAUGGGGUAGAAAAAGGUUUUUUGUCAUCUCAGGUAAAUUGGCUUAGUCAAGUGGGAUGCACUCAUGUAACAGAAGUUUCCCGGGUGGCUGUUAGGUAGCUCUAAGCAGGAGGCCCUUUAAGCCCUGCUCUUCGAGUGGGUUGGUUGUCUCAGAGUUACUUUUCCUGAAACUUGUAUUUUUCCAGGACACAGAUUGACCAGGAUAGGAGCGGUCAGUCUGCCAGGACGGCAUGUGGAGUGGCACAUUGUCCUCUUCUGAUGUGUAGUCCCCAUUUGAUACCUAGUUCCCACCGUCUCUAGAGAUUCUUAUUUGAAAUAAUGCUGCCACUGGUUUGUUCUUAGACUAGGAAGAGAAUGCAAUUCCCAGAGACUCUAGGACUUUCUGGUCUUGGAGCUGUCUCUCUGAAUUGGCAGUUUUCAGAGCACACUCGAGCCCUCUCCUGGGCUGGAGAUGACCAGAAACCAGACCCUUUUCUAUACUUUUCUGAGUAUCUGGGUAGGAUGAGCACCCAAAUUCAAAUAUAUGUCACCAAAGUUGGUGGUGUCCCCCACUUUCACUGCUCUAAGCCAUCGUGUGUGAGGACAUGUUUGCCAGGAGGAGCAGCUCAAAGCGUCUUCACCAGUUGCCUUGAUUUACCCUAAGUGAUGCAGGGAGGGCGCGAGAGGGCCCAAAGGAAGGAAAAGUUCUCUCUCCCCUAGUGUGUUCUUCCAGCCUCUUUCCUCUUUAUUCAGCUCCCAAAGGUACUAUGGCAAUUUCGCCUCAGGUACUAGAUACUUCUCAGCCCUGGCUAGGAAGAGAUAAACAUUUGGAAUAGGAAAAUAUGAUGGGGUCAGUUGUAGCCUAGGGCCUGGGAUUUCUUCUUAUGACUAGUUGCUCAGGAUGGUGCAGGGACAGGACCAAACCCUGUGCCCAUUUUCUACCUUUUUCUGCCCUGCAAGGGGCCUGGAUCUAGGCUGAGCCACUGUCCUACCCUAAUGACAACAUAUUGUAUGUGUGCCUUUUUCCUCAGCGGGAAGCAGUGGUAGGCUAUGCCUAACCCAGGCCCUGGGGGGCGGGGGAUCAGUCUUUGAGGUUUUAUUUGGGUAGGGGAGUACUUAGGAUAAGUCAGGAGAAACUCCUCUGUUCCAUUACCCUUCUCAGGGACUCCUGAAGAUUUGGCCUCUUCAGGCUGGUAUCCUCUUGCCUCCCUCACUGGGUAUGCUGGCCAGGAGAGCCAACACGACCAUUUCCCCAAGCUCCUUACCACGUUUGUCUGAAAUGUUCUUUAGCACUGUACUUCCUACACAAAACUGUGAUUGGCCAUGUCAUUGCAGGGCUGCUGUGUGUGUGUGUGUGUGUGUGUGUGUGUGUGAGAGAGAGAGAGAGAGAGAGAGAGAGAGAGAGAUAGGGAGAGGCUGAGGUCCUUUGGACCUGGAAGUUAUGUUCCCUCCGGUUGCUGAACUGGUGGGCACCUCCUGAGCUAGGAGGUGUAGUCAGCGCUCUGCGUGAAUUAUCUUUUGUGUCUCCACUGCAUUCAUUAUGUUGGACGAAGUCCAGGGACCCAGCACUACCCAGCAGGCACCACUGUGGCUUGUCAGCUGCUAAAAUGGAGAAGCAUGUGUUGCUUCCAGUGUCUCCCUAGGACUGUCCCCUGUGCUGUGACAACAUUGCUUCGGGGGGUGGAUGGGAGUCGUGGGCUGUUUUUCAAAGGGACCUACUAUAGCCACUUUAUGUUUACUAGCUUUAGUUUAACAUAACAUUUGUGGGCUUUCCAUUCUGUGUGUAUGUAUCUGCAUAUAGUAACACCAAGUCUGGCAAAGGUGGGUGGAAUGUCUUAGUGAUAUCAUGUUGUUAGCAGGUGUCACACUGACCUCUGCAAAAACUGUACUGUCUUGUUUCGCAUUAGAGUGAAUAGUCAUGUGACUGUACUGCCAUGUCACUUUUAAUAUUACCAGUUUUAUACUUGGAAAAUGGUACUUGCCUUCUUUAAAUCUUUUCUGUCUUUAACCUCCCCCUUCCCAUCUCAAGGCUCUCUUCCUAAUUACAGCAAUAAUCUCUUAAAAAGCAAUUAAGUAAUUAAAUGUCCCAAAUCUUAAUUGUUGUGGAUGGUUGCAUUCAUUUGUUUAUUUAGGUGCACAUGUGUCAUUCCAGAUGUAUUGUUGACAGCUCUUGAACUAGCUGCUGGUGAGCGAUCGCCCCCUUGUGGUGAAAUGGUUGUGUGUGACCACUGAUAAGAGGGCAAAUAGAUAUGAGUGGGUGAGCAGCACUCAAUUCCCAGCACUUUCAUGGCUCCACUAGGAGUGAUUGACAUACCUGUUUUAAGGAGGUCUGGAACUCAGGUCUUUAGUUCCCCAGGACCAGGGUCCUGCCUUAUGCUGUCUUUCAUCUUCAUCAUCGACUUCUGCUUAUACCUUAAUGAUGAGUUGAGCCAUCUGGGGUAGUGUCCGGCCAGCUGGGCAGUGUGGCUCUGUCUAACCAAAGGACACUGACUUCAAGCCCUGCAUUUGGAUUGGGAACUGAUAGAAUCUCUGAUUAACUUUGCACUUGCAACUGCUGAGUGUCUUAUUCCAUUAUGACUAACAAGUGAAAAGCCUUUCCAAAGGGUUAUUCAGGUUCCAAAAGCUCUCAUUCAGGUAACCAAGCUUUUCAUCUGGCUCUGUCCAUUCAGACUUUGCUAGAAUUAAGUUGAGGAAUGUGACCUUUGCUACAGUUUUCUGCCAGAUGACUUGGCUCCCUGAGCACCUGCUUGCUUCGGGGUAAACACUAGAGAAAGAGGGGCUAGGAUGUGCUUUGAUAGACGUGGCCCAUCUUAAGAAAUGGUGUCUGGAUGCUAGCCCCUUUGCCUUCUCUAUGGGCUCUUGGUAGCAAUGAUCCACUUAUAGCUAGACCCAGUGGUAACAGAAGUACUGGCAGAGGCCUAUUUUAGAGCCACCACCUACAGCCUGGGGGAGCCAAAGUGAGGUGUUUGAGAGCCUUUUCUUGAUUUGGAAUCUAAAUUGCUUUCGUUUUUCUUGUGCUCCCUUUAUUAUCACUUCUCUUUAACUCCAUCCCCUAUCAUUUCAAUUGUUUGAAUAAUUUUAGAAUAAACAUUUAUUUCUAAAAA